GCGGAAGUGAAAAGUCUACGUGGGGAAGAAAGGUCGGUCGAACGAGUCCUCCUCUCCACCCCCCGUUAAGCAAAUGGACGCUUAGAGCAGCGGCCGUGGCGUAUAAAUGGGACAGAGAGCCGACGCCAGCCUGUAAUGCUGCGCCGGGUGCGGCAGUCUCUCCGGCAGGUGCUGUUUCGAAUGGCACGGAGACCGGGUCUACUCUGCGGGACUAUCGUGCUCGGCGUCCUGCUUGUACUGGCCAUCAAGUUCACAUGCAGCCGUGCUAAGAAUGUGGUGGCAGCAGCUCGGCCUUCGGUGCGGUUUUUCUCUGCCGAGGCCCCGGUAGUGGACCUCUACUUGGGUCAGCUGGACCAGGUGGAUCGUCUCAGGAGUAUGGCAGAGGUAUCUCUCAUCUUCUUCUAUGCACCGUGGUGUGCUCACUCGAUGGCUGCCCGGCAGGAAGUGCAGCAGGUGGCUAAGAAGCUGGCCAAACAGGUGCAGUUUGUGGCUGUUAACUGCUGGUGGAGUCAUGGGAAAUGCAGGAAGCAGCACCACUUCUAUCAGUACCCGAUCAUCCAUCUGUUUUAUAGAAGGUUUGGGCCUAUAGAGUACAAGGGUCCAUUUGUGGCUCCAUAUAUAGAAAGUUUUAUCCUCCGAGUCAUCACACCGCUCACUUACCUCCCAUCAAGAGCCACACUCGAAGAGUUCCUCUCUUAUCAUGAGCCUCGAGUGGUGGGCUUCUUCCAGUUUAACUCCUCUCCUCAGCCGCCGGGGUACAUAACAUAUUUGUCCUCUGCCUUGCAGGCCCUAAAAAGGGAUUUCCGUGGUGUCGUACGUUUCGGGGUUGUGACUAACAAACAGGUGGCAGAGGCCAUCUCACUAAAAGAAGAUGAAACCGUUUACCUUUACAGAAGAUUUAACUCCUCUUUGAUUUUCCCUCGAAGGGAACGCAACUUUACAUCAGAGGCCAUCUGUAGCUGGGUGUUUGAACACCGCGAGACUGUCCUCCAGUGGCUGCAGCCUCCAGGAACAAAGUCCCGUCUCCUGGAACAUGAGCUGACUAAAGGUCCAGCACUACUGCUGUUCCUGCCGCACAAUCCACUCUGGUCCAAACUCAGCCCCAUACUACAGCAGGUUGCAGACAUUGCUGUGCGUUAUCAUUCUUGUGACAACAACCACUCCAGCUUGGACAAAAGUUUCACCUCUCACUCGCUGUGCUGCCAGUCAGUUCUUCUCCCAGAGUCUGAAAGUGUGUGUGAGGUGUGCCUGAAUUUGUCACAAUCGGGCCUAACCAGCUCCUCUGUACGCUGCUCGUUCCCGUCCAUGGCUCAAGGAGGAUACGAGUUGCAGUCUUAUCUGAGAUACUGCUGCCUACACAAACUACCUGCCGUGUCCUUAAAAACAGCAACCUCAGUGCGCUGUCGCAACUUUCUGAACAGCUACAGCCCAUUCAGUCAAUACAGUGCCUGCUGCAGAAAAGAAUCUCAACUCAAUGAAUCACAAGCCAAAGAGGAGCUAGACAUGCAAAUACCUCCUCCUUCUUUCAUCCCUCCAUCCUCUGCCCCUCAGCAGGGAGGAGACGGCAUCACAGGGCUCCGUUGUCGGACUAACAGGACACUCAGGUUUUAUCUGCUUGACCUCGCUCUGAACUGGCCUCUGGCGGUGAGGCUCGGGGCAAAUAGCAACAGAAAUGCUUCUCUUCACCAAGAGGCUGGUGCACAAGACGAUGGAUCGUUUGCAACUAUUGUGAACCUGAAGGAUGAGGUUCAUUAUGUUCUCCACCGUAGUCCAGCAGCCACGCUGACAGAGUCUCUGGAGGCCUUCAUCAGGAACUUCAGUGCGCCAUACAGCCUUUUGCAGAGGCACUUGGUGGGAGAAGAAGACAGGAAAAGAGGUGAGGAGGAAACCAGGCAUCCAGACAAACACCAGCGCUCGCCUCCACGCCUCCUCAUCACAGAACUGACCACUUCCUCCUUCCUGCCGUCCGUCAUGGACCUUCAAAAGGAUGUGCUGGUCAUCUACUACACUCAGUGGUGUGGAUUUUGCUCUGUUCUCAACCACAUCAUCAUCCAGCUGGCCAGAUUCUUACAGGGGAACGGCACCAUCACUGUGGCCAGGGUGAAUGUUGCACGUAAUGAUCUUCCUUGGGAGUUCAUGGUGGAUCACGUUCCCUCUAUUCUUCUCUUUCCCAAAUACAGAAAACAUUUUAGUGUGAAGUUUCCGGACGACCUGCCCAUCACGUUACCCAACCUCCUCCACUUCAUCCUGCAGCACUCCGGCUCUGUACAAUACGCAGACAGACCAGUGCCAGCUUCGAGCGAGGCGGAGGCUGCGGGCCCCAGCACCUUCCUCCGUGCAGAGUUUCUAGCACUCCAGCGAGAGGUCCAAGCGCUGCGUCACGCCCGCGAACGUCUCUCCCAACAGCUGGCGCAGCUGUGGCGCGACAACCGGCGGCUGACAUUCGACGCUCUCAGCUUAGAAGCCCAGAACGAAGGGCUGCAGAGAGAGCGGCAAAGCUUGGAGGAACAGCACCGGGAGAAGAGCCGGCAGCUCAGGGAGGCGGUGAGGCGGCUGCAGGAGCUGGCAGACGCCUCUGAAAACCUGCUGAAUGAGAACACACUGCUCUGGGUCCUGCUGAGGGCGCUGAAGGACAGGACAGAGGCUACAGAGCAGGCAGAGGCAGACCGAAAAGAAGCCUCAUGGCCUCCUGACCACAAGUCUGCAGGGAAUCCCGAGAGCGACGCAGAGAAAAGGAGGAGAGAGGAAAGAGGGCCCGGAAACGGAGGUAGGACAGAAAUGGAUGAGAAAAAGAAGAAGAUGUGAUAAGACCUGAGAUGUGGUGAAACAGGAGGGAUUUCUAAGCAAAAUGAAGCCUGAAUGAGGAGGUCAUGCAAAAACCCUAGGGACAACGUGACCUGAUAAUUUCUGUCAUGGAAAAGAGCGAAUGAGGGUGAAAUGACAGCUAUGAUCUGUCAGAGGAAAAUCUAAGAUAGCUGCUAUGUCAGGAAAGAAAUAAGGAAACUCCUAAAAGAAAAGCAAAAAGCUGGAUAGGUGGUGGGGGGAAAUAGCAGUAUUUGUUAGAGACGGAAUACUCCAAGCUGCUGUCAUGAUAGUGGUCUCAUCCACUCUUAGGAACACGCUAGUAUGGGAAUCCAGUGCCAACUUUGCUUGCAAAAAAUGUCAGUUCUGUUGAAGGGUGAAGACGUAACCCUGAGUUAUGUUCAAUGUACUACACAGACCCUGCAGCCAAAUUUUCUACCUUUCCUAUAUUACUUAUUCUAGUUUAAUUCUCAUACAAAAGCUAUUAUUCAAGAAAUAAUUAAUAUUCCCAACAAAAAAAACGAACGCGUAGCUUACUACAACAGCUCACAUGGUAAAGUAUAAUGUACAUUUCCACAGCACUAAGUCGUAUUAUGCUCACCACUCUGCAGCUCUGUUUGUCUUUUUUUUAACGGAAAUGUUUCCUUCUUUGCCUUACUCCUGAUGUGAUGCUAAAAAACGUCCUGAUGUUUUUCACAAUAAAAGCCUAUAUAUGAAAGGAAGGGUGCUGCGGAAACUUUCAUUCAUGCUAGCUUUUAGGGCUGCACAAUAUUAUAGUAUAGUGUGAUUUUAUUUUUUAUUUUUUUUUGCGAGGAUCUGUACCAAACCAAGAUGUUUUCUUUAGUCUGUAGGAUAGGAUUUGUAGGCUGGGAUGUCUGCACCACUACUAUGCUUCAAUGAGAAUGGUUUAACACACAUUUUGCCUUUUAACAAAUAUUGCGCCCCCCUGCAAUUUGGAUAUUGCACUAGUCCAUAUUGCGAUUUCGCUUAAAUUGCGAUUAAUUGUGCAGCCCUGGUAGCUUUGCAUUGUUCAGGGGUGAAAAAGGUCAACUGGACCGCCUGAUAUGACUCUGGCUGUACUGAUGGAAUUAGAACUGUGUAGGGCUGGGCGAAAUGACCAAAAUCUUCUAUCCCGACAUAGGUUAUUUCAUAUUUUGAAAGCGAUAUAUAUCACGAUAUAGCAGGUUUUCUUGAUAAUUCAAUAAAUAAAUAGGAAAUAUAAAAUAACCACAUGGUAAAGCCAAUUUUUGCUUACUUGUGUGAAUAACAUACUUGACAAAUAAAAUUAAAAAAGUGAGUAUUUUAUCAAGAAAUUUAGUGCAGAAUGAACAUAACUUGCAAAGGAUCAGAACGUAAAGCGUCGUCCAAGUGACGUAAACACUGUAUUGCCCUGUUGAUGCAGUUUGGCUGCUGGUUUUUCAAACAUCCGGAUAGAAACGAUCUAGAUAAGAGAACGGACAUUAUUAUAUCGUCCUAUCCACCAGCGCUAGUCGUGUGGAAAUUAUUCUGAAUUCAUCAGGACAAAAGGUAAACAUGGAGGAGGUUAACUGGAGAACAGGGAAUAUUAGAAAUAAAGGCCUUGUUCUCUGAGGUCAAUAUGAAUGCCACUAUUAUGCUGCUACAAGCCAAGCCAAAAGACAAUGAGGUUUUCCCAACAUCCCUUUGCUUAUAAAUCAAUGAUGACUCUGGGUUAGUGAUGUAGAAUUUGGCUGCAGGGAGAGAGGGCUACUAAUGAAGCUGAGACUUAUUUAAUACUGAAGAAGUGGCACCUGCUCACCGACCUAAAGGUGAGCCGGAGAGCACUUGAAAUAAUUAGCUAAAACUUUUUUUUAUUUUGAAGGUGAUAUUGUUCUUUUGUUACACUGAUCUAUUUUUACAGGAAUCCUAGAAUCACUCAAAUAUUUCUAUGUAACUAUUCAGGUAUUAUGAAUGAGAUGCUGCAAUUGUUUACAUGUGAGAUAUUGCACCUGUUUUUACUGAUUAAAAGCCUUUCAUCUUA